CAAUUCGAUCGUCAGUGCUGAUAGUCACAGCAUAGCAGAGAAGUAAAUGUUCAUGGGGAAUGAGGGUUCACCCUCUUGCAGUGAAAAAUUCCCAUAUGUGACAAUUAUUUAUUAGUUGUGAUUGAGGAAGUCAUCAACAUGGAAAAAGAAUUUAACCGUGUGGUCGACCUAGCGCCGAAAACUCCUUUUUUGAACCCUUUGAUUUUGGAAAAAGUAUUUUCUUUUCUGGACGACGCAACCUCAUUAAAGUCCGUUCGACUCGUUUGUUCCGUUUGGGCCGAAGUCGGCGUCAAACCACUCGGGCGAAAAGUUGGCGUCUUUUUCAACUCGGUCGAUUUUUGUGCAAUUUGUCGCCACGAUAAGGAGCCAUCAAAGGACAUCAACUACUUCAAUCCUCAGCUCGCCAAGAAGGUUAAUAUCAUCAUUGGCUGCCAUUGCUCAUCAUGUUUUCUCUUCCAGGAAGACAGUCUCCCGGGCAAACUGGUUACAAUUUUGCCUCAAAUUGGCGACCACGUGGAAACGCUCGAUCUAUUCGUAAAAGACGCAAAUAGAUUAAACUUAAACGAUGUCUGGAUUCAUUACAUUUUCCCAAACUUGAACCAGAAAUGGAUCGAUCCAAUACCAAAAUGUUGUAUCGUAACGCACUCCGGCGACGUCAUGGUUGAGAUAAAAGCGCCAAAAUUGAAAACAUUCCAUUUCUCGGGGUGUGAUGGAUAUGGGUUGAACUUGCAUGGUACCUGUGAACAAGUUAAAGCUAUUGUUCAGGAUGUGCUAUACACUGCCAAGAACUUGGAAGAGUUCCACUCUGAGAGCUGUUUUAAACAACUGGAUUUAUCGUUCUGUCCAAAAAUCAAAAUUUCAAAUAUCAAAUGUACUAAGGACAUACACAAUUUUUCAGUUGAACUAUGGUAAGGCAUCCCAAAGUUAUCUGAUUAACUAAAUGAAUCGAUAAAGAAGACUAGUUUGAAGUUGUGAAAUUUAUAUUUAAUUAUGUGCAAAAUACUAUGAUCAUUCCGUGCUAUUUAUUCGGAUUACAGUUUUAUAAAUACAUAC